AUGUCUCUUCUUCUGCGCUCUUCCCUUGUCCUUCUGCAAGCAUUCUGCAACCAGAUCGCAUUUACCCCUCCUAAUAAAACGCCAGCAAAAUGGCGCUAUCACACUGAAGAGGCGUCCGUUUUGCAAAUAGCCCCAUUGAUCUUCAAGGCCCACACAAUAAUUCUAUGGCUGAGCGCUGCAUAUGAAGUGAUUUCAACAUUCCACUAUUUUCGUGGAUCGUUGCUCUCAACGCAGAUUUCAAGCCACGUCGACUCGGUAUUCUGUCCUGCACGGCACACGCAACAUUUAGUCACUCCCGUGUUCUUGCUCGGAAUCACGAUGGCUGUUCUCGGGAUGUUCAUCCGCGUGCGCUGUUUCCACGAGCUCGGUCACCUGUUCACCUUCGAUCUUACCAUGUAUCCUGAGCACAAGCUUGUGACAUCUGGGCUUUACAAAUAUGUCCGGCACCCAGCGUACACAGGCUCCUUAUUGCUAGUUGCGGGGAUUGCCUUCUCUCAUUUGACUCCCGGGAGCUGGGUGAACGAAUGCGGUAUCCUCGGGCCUGUCAGUUCCGCACUGUUAGGGGCUACGUGGUGGGUUUGGGCGUUGUCUGUAGGUGUUAGCCGUGCAUACGCAGAGGAUGGUGAGCUCCGCAAACUAUCUGCAUCAGAGUGGGAUGCAUAUGCGGCGGAAGUGAAGUUCUGGUUUGUACCAGGAUUGCUGUGA